AAUGACUUCCGUAAUGCGGAAUCAAUGCGUGUACUGUACUGCCACUGGCAUUAGCUACGUAGUCUGCCUAGCAGGCUGACUAUAGAAGCAAAACAAUCGUUCCUUCUGUCACUGGCACCUGACGGUCUCGAGUCUCGACGUAUCAAUUGCAUGGACUAUCUUCGCAGUUUUGGCUCUGCUGCGGUCUCGACUCUCGUGCAGAAAUCGGGGCUAAAUCUACCAUUCUCGUUGGGACCCAAGGUUUACUCUUGCGAGACAUUUUGGACCUUGUACGACGCUACGAAACGGGAAGAUGGCAGUCUGGUCUCGGUCUUUGAGUAUGAUCUCACUCACCCGCUCAAUAAAUCCACUAUACCUCUCGCCCGAAACUCCCUCCGAAAGCUGCGCACCAUACGACAUCCUGAUGUACUCAGAUUUAUCGAUGUCGUAGAGUCUGAUUCAGCUAUUUGCAUUAUGACCGAAAGAGUCCGCCCUCUUCCUCUCGCGUUAUCCAACUCGUCCUCCAAUGUUCCACGCGAGCGAGAGGACUGGCUUAUUUGGGGACUACACCGGAUUUCAGUAGCUCUUGCGUUUCUGAAUGACUCUGCUUCUUCCACCCACGGGAAUGUCCGUCCGAAUGCCAUCUUCAUCACCCCUUCAGGAGAGUGGAAGUUGGGAGGCUUUGAGGUGUUGAGUAAUCCAAAGGACGAUCUUUCUGUUAUAUAUACCAUGGGCGGCCUGAUGCCAGACGCUAUGGCUUGCGCGCCCCCAGAAGUCAAGAAGGAGGGCUGGUCCGUCCUCAGGGACGUCCCAAUAUCAGCUGCGGAUGCGUAUGCCCUCGGCCUGCUUUUACAUUCCGUCUUCAAUCCCACCCACCCUCCUCCACCAACUGCUCAGCCGCCUCAUCCACCACCUCAACCCUCUUCCAAAGGUGCCAUACCCUCGUCCGUCUUCCCCUCCUUCAAAAAGCUCCUCAACCCGAACCCCAAAUUACGGAUGUCACCUAAGAACCUCCUAGACAUCGGGAUGACAGAGUCAGAUGGGGAAGGUCAUGGAUUUUUCGUACAUAAUCGGCUCGUCAAGGUCUGCGCUGGACUAGACGGUUUUACUCUGAGUAGUGAAUCUGAUAAGGCAUCAUUGCUACGGACGCUGAAAGAAUCCGGUUCUUCCUUCCCCCCUGAAUUCGUCUCCUACCGCGUUCUCCCUUGCCUCGUCUCCGCGCUCGAGUUCGGUGGUGCCUCAGCAGCAACUAUUGUCCCUCUCGUCCUCCAAUUCGGCAAGAAUGUUGCGCCUGAUGACUAUAGCUCGGUCAUUGUUGCUCCUCUGGUCAAGCUAUUUGCCAGCGCUGACCGCGGCACACGUAUCGCGCUUCUCGAUAGUCUCCCCGACUUCGCCGAGAAGCUGGAUAAGAAGACUGUCGUCGAUAAGAUUUGGCCAAAUCUGCAAACUGGCUUCACUGAUACAGUUGCCGUCAUUCGAGAAGCCACCGUCCGUGCUGUCGUCCUACUGUCUCCCAAGCUAUCCGACCGCAUACUCAACAACGAACUACUUCGCCACCUUGCUCGCCUCCAAUCAGACCCAGAAGCUUCCAUCCGCACGAAUACCUGUAUCCUUAUCGGUCGCCUGGGUCCUUCACUCGGGUAUAACACCAAACGUAAAGUUCUCGUUCCUGCGUUCAGCAUGGCGCUCAAGGAUCAGUUUGUCCACGCUCGUGUGGCGGGAGUUAUGGCGUUCAUGGCAACUGCGGAGUGCUUCGAGGUGGAGGACGUGGCUGGCAGAGUUGUCCCCGCUGUUGUAGGGGCUACGCUGGAUAAGGAAAAGUUGGUCCGUGACCAGGCCUUCAAAGCCGUCGAGCUUUUUAUCAAACGUUUAGAAGCUCACGCUUCGACUAUGCCGGAAACAGCAUCCACAGAAGAGGGCGAGAACGAUCUACCCGCAAGGCUUCCGGGUGCAUUCACCCAGGCUGGCCUUGUGAAUUCAGCGACGGGCGCAGCAGCCGCUCUCACAGGGUGGGCUGUAUCGUCCCUUGGUAAAAAGCUUGCCCCUGCCGAUUUGCAAACAACAAUGACAAGUACUAUUGACGGAUCGACAUCAGCACCAACUAUCAAUGGCCACAAUAGUCCUCUAUUUCGUCCCCCUGCCUCAUCUGCUUCUCCCUCAGGGAAUCCAUCAAGAGGCAAAGGUCUACAGCUGGGUGGAAAUAAGGCCCCGCCUUCAGCGCUUGCUGCACAGCUCGCUGAAGAGGCCGCUAACGAGACAGGGCAAGGCAGUAAUCGUUUGUGGAACGACGAUUUAAUCGAUAUCAACGCUGAUGAAGGAGAUUGGAGCGUGUUUGAGAGCGCUCCAGCUAUUAUAGAACCAAAGCCCAUGUCUGCAACCAAUGGUCUAGGAUUUGGCAUAUCAUUACGAGCCAGUUCUCCGCCUAUCGAUGAAUGGGGCGCGAUGGCAUCAGCUUCUCGAUCUACGAGUCGCUCGCCUGAUCCAUGGACAUCGCCACCCUCCCAAAUCUCACGUGCGCUCUCACCACAACCCCGCAGGUCCAUCGUACCAGCAUUCUCCCCUGCUUCAAGCGCUAGAUCAACACCCGUAUCAUCCCCUCGACCUCUCCCAAAUACUGCUGACUCCGCGCAGCCUACCAACAUGGCUGGUUUGUCUAAGGAGGAGAAGGCGGCAGAGAUGGCGAGGAGGAAGGAGGAGAGGCGUUUGCGGAUUGAGAAGCUAAAGGAACAGAAAAAGAAUGCUGCUGCCGCUGGAAAGGCUUGAGCAUUGAGUGAUUGUCGUUGCUGUUGCGUAUAGUACACCGCCCUCAGAGUAAUCUUACAUAUUGGGCUGGGUAUCAAUCCUGUGUUGUUGGUGGAUGUAAGUGCGGACCGCUCGACCGGCCGUACAUUGAAUUCUCAGUGAACGGCUUCUACAAGUACAUGAAACUAUGUUGAGUAGAAUGGACA